ACUGAAGAAAGACCUUGUCCCUUUCAGCGAAAUGCUGUUAGAAUGCUGUCGACCUCGCGUGAUGGUAAAUGGUUAUUAACAGCAGAUUCUGGGAAAGACAGCGUAGUAGUGGUUUGGGAUACAGAAAAGGGGAUUCCCGUUUGCACGUUAUUAAAUUCGCACUGUAGUGAAGAUAUCACAGCUGCUGGCAUCAGUCCCAACGCGAAAGAAAUAGUCACUAUUGGCGGUGGAAAAUGUCAGAAUGUGUAUUUCUGGCUGUGGACUAAUGGAAAGGACAAACCAGAUGCAUCUAUUUCAUUAAUCGAUAUUACAUCUGAACGUGUCAAGGGGAUAACUUUCAAUGAUAAAUAUCCGGAACAAUUUGCAUUGACGACCGAUUAUCACGUACUAUUCUUAACUUGGGUUAGUGAAAAAUGCGUCAUUAUAUUUAUAUAAUUGUAUAAAUCUAAAAGUAAUUUUACACGAUAUA